AUGAGUAUCCCGGAUAGAGAGAACCAGAAGAAAUAUGUUGAUGUGGAUUUGUUGGAACAGCUACACAAGAAGAUGCAAAUGAUGGAAGAAAUAAUGGAAGUAAUUCAGAGAGCAAAUACCACAGAGACACCUUCUGGUACCUUUUCUUGGGGCUCCUUAGAUGAGGAUGAAUUGGAUGACUCGUUGCUGGAACUAUCUGAUGGAGAGGAAGAUGAUGGCCAUUUCAGUUGCACGGAGGAAGAGAUUCAGGAGCUAUUGAAGGAUGAUGACCUACCAAAUGAACCCUUUUCUAGGGGAGAUAGAUUGCUUAAAGAUAACAUUGGGCAUGUUGAGAAGGUCUUGGACCAUUCAGAGAAUCCUAGUGCAGAGUCAUCCUGGACAAACGGUGGAUUGCAUAAAUCAAGUAGUGAAAUGAAAUUUCCUGUUGUUUCCAGCAAAGAGGAUGUUCCUAACAAGGAUUCUGGGAAGAUCGAAGUCCAAGAAAGAAGACUAGGAAAAGUCAUUCCUGUUCUGCAAAACAAAUCAAGGACUAACGUUCCAACGUUUUCACAGUCCGAGCUAGAGCAACAGAAGCAAAUUUAUCUCAGGAAUGUUAUUGCUUAUAUAGAAGACCCUGUGGAUUCUAACCAAGGUGCCUUGGGGGAGCUGUAUGCCUUGAUGGACCAAGUACAUCAUGUGCAGAACUCAUGGCAGCAUCCUUCAGACCUCACCAGGCGGAACUACGCACAGUUCCGACAUACAUCUCUGCGGCCAAGAUACAGUCUGACUCAGUGGGUUGACAGAAACAUGGGAAGUCACCAUCAGUUCCAGCAUCUCCCACGUUAA